AUGUUGCAUGCAUCACAUCCAUCCGUCGUCUUUACCAACGCUUCCGCACAGCAGCACGACAAGGAUCCAAUGGAAAUGGAUGCGCCGCUACCACAGCCUCCCCCAAGUCGACGCCGCAAGGUUCGAAAAGGCACCUUCUCCUGCUGGGAAUGCAAGAGACGGAAGCGCCGCUGUGAACUAAAGCCAGGGUCGUCCUCCGCCUGUGUGUCCUGCCAGCGCCGGGGUCUACCAUGCCUGAGCCAGGAGGAGUAUGAACCCCAGGCCGGCCCGGAGCAGGUGUCGGAGCGUAUCUGCCAUGUUGAGAACCUAAUUGGUGUGCUUCUCGAGCAGAGACGGCAGCAACACGGGACGAUUGGGGGUGCGGCCGCUCUCACGAUUCCUCCUUCGCCUUCAGGAUCCUCGCUUAGCAUCACGACCUAUCUGUAUUCGGACUUGCCCUCUCCUUCAGAUACAACUUCCAUCCUGUCACACGGAAACUCUUUCCGCAUGCCCCAAUGGUCUGGCUGGGCUCGCUCAGCCCCGCUGUUAGAGCCUCCACCUCUCGAGGCACAACCUAUCUGGUAUGGCCGCAGGCUGAUGCACCUCGCCCUCCGUCUGCAAGACUCCGACGUCCCCGGGUGGGAUGCAUCCAAGUUCGCGCAAAUAGUAGCUCACUGCAUCUCCUCCAUUGACGCAUUGGUGUCUUCCACCGACGGAAUCGAAACUCUGAUGCUCGAGGCUAUGUACUACGUCAACGAUGGGAAACUACAAGAAGCGUGGCUCCGGUGCCGCCGAGCCAUGUCGAUAGCCCAGCUUCUGGGUCUCGACCGUGCGGGAUGGACGAACAGCGCGAUUCUUCGCCGUCUUAUAUUUGGCGAUCGCGUCAUGUCCCUGGAACUAGGUGUGACGCACUUUGGGAUCAUGAAUUAUGGAUCGCUUGACAGUGUCGAUCCCGUUACCCGACUGGAAAAGAUUCAUGUAUUAACAGCUACUCGAAUCAUUGAACGAAACUUGCGCAUGAUGGACAGCAGUCCAGAGUCCAUACAGGCUGAGACGCUAGGCAUUGACCAAGUAAUGAAGAAGGCGAUGAAGGAUCUUCCGUCAGGCUGGUGGUCAGCGUCAACAAAGAAAUCACUAUCGGCCCUCUCGGAAGAGGAGGCAAUGGAAGAAACUAUGAAGCUAAUCUCUCAGGUGAAUCACUACUGGAUUCUUACGCAACUCCAUCAGUCACCUAUCAUACUAGAUCUCUUCUGCCCUGUAAACAUUGGGACGAACUUGUACUCGAGAACAGUGUUGGCCUCCUCAUGUCGUCAGGUCCUCUCACGCUUCCUACUCAUACGCAAAUAUCAUGGCGGUGGACUAUACCGCGGGGCCGAUUCCAAAGCGGUCUCGGCUUCCAUCGGGCUUCUCCUCGCACACAUCAAUGGCCAUCGGGAUAGCACUGAUAAUGCGUUGGAGCAUUUACGACCCCAAGACAUAGAUCUCAUACGAGAUUCACUUGAUCUGUUCGAAGCCCUCUCAAGGCCAAAAUCGGAACGAUCAGCUGUUCAAAGUUUGCUCGCCAUUGAAUCAAACGCAGCCAGUGGAACCAAUUAUAUGUUCUCUACGACAACUGAGGAUAGCCUGCGAUUGAAUUUACCCUACUUCGGCACCAUGAGUCUUAUACCAAUAUCAUUUGAGGUGGCAGAUCGCGAAACUGAAUCUCUAGCUCUCUGA